AUGUCGAUUGAGCCAGCAUUUAAAGAUCCAGAAACAGAAAGAAAAAGAAAUCCCUCCUCCUCCUUCUUCUUCUUCUUCUACUCCUCUCUCUCUCUCUCUCUCUCAGAGACACACACACUCUCUCACUUUCACUCUCUCUCUCUCCUCUCUCUCUCUCAGAGACACACACACUCUCUCACUUUCCUCUCUCUCUCUCUCUCACUCUCUCUCUCUCUCAGAGACACACACACUCUCUCACUUUCACUCUCUCUCUCUCACUCUCUCUCUCAGAACACACACUCUCUCACUUUCCUCUCUCUCUCUCCUCUCUCUCUCUCAGAGACACACACACUCUCUCACUUUCACUCUCUCUCUCUCUCUCUCCUCUCUCUCUCUCAGAGACACACACUCUCUCCUUUCACUCUCUCUCUCUCUCUCUCUCUCAGGGAACACACACACUCUCUCCUCUUUCCUCUCUCUCUCUCUCUCUCUCUCUCUCUCUCUCUCUCUCAGACACACACACUCUCUCACUUUCUCUCUCUCUCUCUCCUCUCUCUCUCUCUCAAAGACACACACACUCUCUCACUUUCACUCUCUCUCUCUCUCUCUCACUCUCUCUCUCUCUCAGAGACACACACACUCUCUCACUUUCACUCUCUCUCUCUCACUCUCUCUCUCUCUCAGAGACACACACACUCUCUCACUUUCACUCUCUCUCUCUCUCUCUCAGAGACACACACACUCUCUCACUUUCACUCUCUCUCUCUCACUCUCUCUCUCUCUCAGAGACACACACACUCUCUCACUUUCACUCUCUCUCUCUCUCUCUCACUCUCUCUCUCUCGCACUUACUCUUUCGAUAUCCCUUUCUUUCAGUUUCGCUCUUACAUUCUGAAGACGGAUAAUUUGAGUGUCAUCUAUCAUUCUUGGGCAAUUGGUUUCUUUCUAUCUAUCAGAAAAUUUUAUCCAUCUAGGUUCCAUUUCUUCAUCCUCUCUCUGAUAUCGUUAACCUAUUUCCUUACACCUUGCUUCUCAACCGCACCUUGCCGAAUCCCCCACAUCCCCCCUCCCACACGCGCACAUGUUACUUUGCUAUUUCAUUCAACGGUCGCUUUCUUUUAUUCAGUUUCCUUUUCACUUGAUUUUGGGUCUCUUUUUUUGUUUUCCUCUUUUCAUCGACUAGAAAUUGUUGGCUUCUUUUCGUCUCUCUUAUUUCUCUUUCUGUUUUUUUUUUUCUCUUCCACAAAUCUUUAUAUCUCAUUCUAUUCCUAUCUAUCUAUCUAUCUAUCUAUCUAUCUAUCUAUCUAUCUAUCUAUCUAUCUCUCGCAGUCUGUUCUAUCUAUCUAUCUAUCUAUCUAUCUAUCUAUCUAUCUAUGUCUAUCUAUAUAUCUAUCUCAUUCAGCACAAAUCUAUAUAUCUCAUUCGACUCUUAUCUAUCUAUCUAUCUAUCUAUCUGUUCCUAUCUAUCUCAAUCUGUUCAUAUCUAUCUAUCUAUCUAUCUAUCUAUCUAUCUAUCUAUCUAUCUAUCUCUGUUUAAAACUAAUUAUCUAUAUAUCUAUUUCAGUCUGUUCAAAUCCAUUUAUAUAUCUAUCAAUCUAUUGCGUUCUGUUUCUAUCUCUUUAUUUACCGCUGGCUGUCCUUAUCUCCCUUUCUAUCUAUUUAACCUCGUUUGUUCAUAUUUGUCUAUCUAUCUAUCUAUCUAUCUAUCUGUCUGUCUGUCUGUCUAUCUAUCUAUCUAUCUAUCUAUCUAUCUAA